CCCAUCUCCCCCGGCCCAUCUCUCUCUUGCUCCUCAUCCUUUCCUCUCUCCCUCUCCCAGAUCCGGCGUUGCGCCUCCGGCGGGCCCUCGCCGCCGCGUCCACCACGGCGUCCCUCCUCCGGCCGUUCGCCUCCCUCCCCCGUCCCCUCCUCGUGCCUCCGUCCGCCUCCCUCCCUCGUCCCCUCCUCUGAGCAUCGAGCUCCCGCGGACUCCGGCGGCGACCGGGAUGUCCCGGAGCGGGGAGCUGUCCAGAGGCGCCUCCGCGGGGCCGGGGCCGGGGCCGGCGCCGGCCGCGGUACGCCACGAGGGCUGGCUCGUGCGGCACGGCGGAGGGAAGAUCGGGAGGUCCUUCUUCCACAUGCGCAUACUUCCGUCCUCGACAACAAGCUGCUCGCCUACUACAAGAAGAAGCCCAGGGACAGCAUGGUACGUCGUGCGGCGUAUGUUCUUACGCUCUGAAUUUUGCUGUUGGGUGGGUCGUUAGAACUGUGAUCCAUCUGAUCUGUUGAUACAAUCUGGGAUCCUCCUCUGUCGUGAAAUUUGGCUGCGGUUCUAGUCACUAGAAUUAUCCAUUGAAGGUCGGGUUGCUGUCGGAGUUCCUUUGCUUGUGUUUGGGUGGGAUUUCCCUCUCGCAGUUUUGUUUUGAAUCAUCGAUGGAUAUGCUCAACUAGCUAUCUAUCUGGUGCUGGAUCUUAAUUCUGAAAAGAUAAUAGCACUGCAAGGCAGAUAUACGAUCUAUUAUUAGCUAUAAGAAUCAUUUCAAUGCAUAAAACAAGGAAGUGAGGAAGAAAUAAACCGUAAGCUUAAUUUAGCUUCCUUUUUUCCAACCACAGUUUGAAUUUACAUUUUUACUGAUAUGCACUUCAAAUCUCAUAUGGCAAUAUUUCUUUCAUUGUCAAGGCUGGCAAUAACUAAACCACAGGAUGAUUUUCUUUACAGUUUUCCAUUGAAAUAUUUUAUUAUGCAUGUUUCUUUUUGCAUUACUGGACAAGUUUGCAGUCAGGGUCUUGAUCAAGAAAUGCUCCUCUCUGACAUAUACUAUCGAGUUCAUCGUGAUGUAUGCUAUUCAUGAAAGAAAGUACCGUCAGAUUGUUGAUAACCUUCUUGUGCUUCUUAUUGGAGGAAUUCCCAUUGCCAUGCCUAUGGUUCUUUCUGUCACUAUGGCUAUUGGAUCACACAAACUAGCGCAGCAGGGUGCUAUUACCAAGAGGAUGACUGCCAUAGAAGAAAUGGCUGGAAUGGAUGUCCUUUGUAGUGACAAGACAGGAACAUUGACACUCAACAAACUGAGUGUUGACAAGAAUCUAGCAACUUCUGAUAAUGCAUAGAGCUGGAGUUCAGUAGAGGCAUGACAAUUGACAACAUGACAGGUAGAAGUAUCUGAGAACAUGACAGUUGGAGAUCAACAUACAAGACUGACUUCAGAAAUGGACUGAACCGUACCGUUUUAGUGGCCAAAAGAUUAUUAUCUCUGCUCCAAGCAAAGAUGCACCUGUGAUUGUUGUUGGUGUAAUAAGGACAAGUGCAGCUAAGAUAUUAACAUUGUCUUCAAUGAUGCCUCUGGUGUGCAUGAUUGGCUUCGUGGAAGAUUGUUGGUUUGGUGCAUAUAACUUGUUUAGGAUGCUAUUUAUUUAUUUUUGUAUGAAAAGCAGCACUUCUGGUUAUAGGAUACAAUUUGCUCUACCUCUAAUGAUAAUAGGGGAUUUGUAUGAGUUCAAUAGAUUAGGACUGCAUUUGUAAUGUAUACAGUGGAUAAAACAUGUGAAUUUGUGAUGUAAAGAAUGGAUAAAAUAUGGGUAUAUAUGAUGUAUAUAAGGGUGUAUUGUUAUAUUUUUUUUGUUUUUUAAUUCAUCAUAGGAGACGCGGGUUAACAAUCCGCGUCUGUGAAGUCAUAGGAGACGCAGGUAACAAUCCGCGUCUCCUAUGUGAGGUGUUAUUGGAGACGCGGGUUGUAAAAACGCGUCUCCAAUGACCUUUCUCAUAGGAGACCUUUUUUUGUUUUUUUAAUUCAUCAUAGUAGGGAUGUAAGUUAUAUAUAUUUUAGGCCAUUGCAUCGGUGCAAAAAGUUGAUCAAAUAAAUUAGAAUGGCAUAUACUGCGUAAAUAAUUUGGGAGGUGAGAUAAACUAGGAUGUCAUGCCAUCGUAAUUAGUAUUUUUAUUUUGAACUUUUUUCUAGCUGUUGAUCUAUAGAAAUUAUUUAUAAAAAUUAAAUUAAAUUAGUACUCGGUUCCACUUUUCGGUAUUUGGUCCCACAUUUUAGAAGUACCACGUACUUUAUUCUAGAUACUUUAUCCUAAGUACUUCUAGGUACUUUCUACCUUCACCACCGUAGGAUUUUAUCAGAUAGACGGCUCUUAUUUUUUUCAAUCAUUGUAAAAUUUCUCUCGUAAUUAAUUAGCUGAUCUAAAAAAUACUAUUAGGUACCCACUUGCAUCCUUACACACAAUAUUUGAUAAUUCUUUUAAUUUCUUAUUUGCGUGCAGUGGGACUGAAGUCAAGCUAAACAGCAAAAUGUCUUGGUGUUAAUGGAUGAAACAAGACAAAGCCACGUCCCCAUCAUCUCGCGCACCCUAGCUAGGUGUUGCCUUAACUUUGUGUCUACAACACUCAGCGCAUCUAUAGUUCAAAGCCAGAAGCCAGAGUACGCUCGCAACUAUUUAUUUACACCAUCUGGAAGGCGCUUGGGGGAGGGACCAAAGGAGCUCAGUUCCUCAUCUUCGAUCCAUCAUAGGCGAUGGGGCUUCAGCACACGUUUACCAGUUUUUGCAUUAUGUUGAUGCCAAAGGGUUAUCAUGCGAACACCACAUCCUUUUCUAAAUGUGCAAAGGAUCUUUGGAGGAGCCCCAGGGGAACAGAGAUACUUGUUGUACUGACAACUAUCGACCUGUUAUUCAUGGCCACCUUUGGGUCCUGGCGUCACCGAACCAGAAACUCAUUCAUCCAAAAUGGUGUCUUGGGCACAUACACUUUGUCCUCCAUCAUGGUAUCAUACACACUUGGUUCAAUGCAGUCAUCAGCGGUGAAGAGCAGCAUGUAUCCCAUUUGGGCCAUAUCCCUGUACGUCCUCUUUGGUUGUGCUGACUCUACUACAGCUUAUAGCCUCAAUGACAACAACCAGCACGCAAGUCUUAUGUUUUUGUUUCUUGUUUACCAGACAUAUAUCACGUUAAUUGCUGCAUCUGAUUAUCCUUACUUGGCUCAAUUAACUUCUUUUAAACUUUGGCAAAUAUUUUGGGCACACAAUCUGGCAAGUGGAUCAUGGAACUUGAAUAAAAUGGUUGCUGACUACAUGUAUGAGGAGCACACAAGGAAUGGAGGAUCUUACGAUCCAGCCACCAUGAAAGGUUACCAUUACCUAGUUGACUGUCCCCUCGGUGAGUCAAAGCUGGAUGGUGGGACAAUAUAUGCAACAGAGCUAACAGAAGGUGGUGCUCAAGUCAUUGACAUAGAGAGGAUAUGGCAGUGUAGUGAACUAAGCCCAGAGUUGAAGGAUUUAUGCCUUUCCUUCUCUCUUUUUCAUCUAUUGAGAAGGCGCUGCUUUGAGUUCGCAUGCGCUGAGUCUUCGCUGCAGAAGACGCAUGAUUUUGUCUUUAAGGGACUUCUGUCAGAAAAUGACAACGGAGACACCGACUACAAUCGGGUUUUCAAGGUUGUUGAGGUUGAGUUAGCAUUUAUGUAUGAUUUCUUUUUCACCAAGUAUGCUGUCCUGUACUAUGGAUCUAAAAUGGUUUCAACAAUUUGGUCCUUGGCUACAGCUAGCUUAAUAUCUAUGACAGCCUACCGGUUGAUAGCCAGUUUUGUCUACGAUCAUGGAUCUGAUUUCGAGUACACCACAAUAUUUGAUGUUGCUAUCACUGUACUCAUACUAGCAUGUAUUGCUUUGCUUCUGUUUCUCCAAGAGUUAUUUUAUUGGAGCACCAUUUGGGGCAGAGUAUCCAUUGUUUGCCAUUAUGUUCGAGGACAAGCAGUGAACACAAGGAAAACCGUCUGCAUGAAAUUUUUUCAAAAAAUCUGCUGCAUGAGAUUCAGAGAGAUUAUUCUUACCAAGAUUAUUGGUACGUCAAUGCCAAGGUUAAGCAAAUGCCACUACCAAAAUAAGCUUGGGCAGUACUCCUUGCUUCAUUCAGUAAGCUGUAAGAAGCACAAACCGCCAAAGGUAGGGCCUCAUAAGUUUAUGCGACGAUAUUGUAGCCUUAUACUACCUCCAGACUUUCAGUAUCUUUGUGAAACAAACAAGGAGAGAAUUUAUGCACGAUGUAUCCGCAAGGGAUAUGGGAAUCCUGCAGCUGUUAAGUUACCUGCAGAGGUUAAAAAGGCACUUGUCCAUUCCCUGCGACGUACUAAGGGUGUUCUAGUCGGUGGAGAAUCAUCAUUGGUGCACAAUUCAGUGGAUGACCUCUUAUGGGCAUGCAGGACUGGUUCAGGCAUCACCUGCAUCCGGGAUAAGGAGAAUCAGACGCAUAUCAUUAUGAUUUGGCACAUUGCAACAUGUUACUGCGAGAUGGCAACACUGAAAUAUCUUUCCCCUAGGAAUGGGGGUGAAUUGAAGUUUCAUCUUGAUGUUGCUACAAUACUGUCUAAAUAUUGUGCAUAUCUGGCGGUCUCAGCACCAAAGUUGCUUCCUGGGAACCACUAUGAUACAAGCCUUAUAUUCGAUGCCAUUGCAGUGGAAGCAGCGCAAUCUCUGCGAAAAGCAAAAGACAAGUAUGAGGCUAUGAGAAGUCUAACUGAAUCAACAGAAAUGACCAUCUUCCAAAUGGUGAAGCUGGGGAGGCAGCUCGAGGAGAUGGAAGACGGCAAGCGUUGGAAGGUGCUGGCAGAUUUCUGGGCCGAGUUGCUGCUCUAUGUCGCACCAUCAGAUAAUGUGAAGGACCACAUCGAAUGCCUGGGAAAUGGUGGGGAGUUCCUCACUCAUUUGUGGGCGUUGCUCUCCCAUGCUGGCAUUCUGGACAGGGGGAAAAGGAAUGUCGCCGACACAGAAAAUUCAGCAAGUGACCAACCUUGUCCUGGAGAGAUCUCAUACUCUGCUGCUUUGAGGCUUUGGCAUGCAAGCUCCUACCUUGAUAGGUGCAGAGAAAGGGCUGACCCUGCCCAUCAGCACCUCAAGUCAACCAGCAACAUAUGAAAACAGUGUGGAAUAUUCUAGGAAAGCUCUGAUAUCUUUAUCAUACAAAAGGGGACAUCCUUAGUUUGUAAAUUAGUCCACAUAGCUGUAAUAAAUAUCCAUGGUGUGCUUUACCAUAGAAGGGCCACACAUUCUUCCGUUUGGAAGAAUGAUGGAGCAGUCAUUCUCUCAUUAAGGUUAGUUACAUUUUUCUUAUGUACUUCUUAUAUAUGUAUUCUUAAGCUUGUACUUAAUGAACCAUACUCAGCUCUCCUGUGUAUUAUUCUCAAAGAAAAAGUGUGUGCCAAUACACUUCGUUAUGUCGGAAUCCUCUAUGUCAUUGAGAAUAAGAAUUCAGAAACAAUUCUGGUUA